AUGGACCUAGGCGCCCUCCCAGCCAUCCUGACUCUGAUCAGUGCUGUCGGAUUGGUUAGCCUGGCAUAUCUGAGAAAUGCACCCACCUUGACUCAAGCAGCGAGGCAGACGUAUUCUUGGGCUCUUCGCGAUGUACGUGCGGCACUCGCGGACCCGGCUGAAGCAGCAUCCGACCAGAUGUUAGUCGCUGUGAUGCUUCUCGUGUUGUACGAAACAGUAACUUCUAACUCCAGUAACAGUCUUAGUCCGUGGGAUAGACAUGCGGAUGGAGCCCUGGCAUUGGUGCAGCUCCGAGGAGUAGGCCAGCUACGUAAUAGAAUCGGUCGAAACAUUUUUCUUAACUUGCGCACCGAAGUCCUGAUCAACUGUCUUCAACGCGGCGUGCGGGUACCAAUCACCUUGAUAAAUUGGAUGAGUGAGGCCCGACAUUUUGAAACCGCAGAAGAGGCACCUGCUGGUAACCUGGCAGACUUGAUCGUCAAUGCCUGCGCCGUUCUUGCUUCGGUCAAGGAGGAAGCCACAGACAAGGCGGAUUUGUCUCAUUAUAUGUCAACACUAUUGUCGAUUGAUCAAGAUUUCAAGUGCUGGAUUGAAAGCCUUCCCACUGACUAUCAAUAUAACACCUUAACGAUCCCAAACGACUCUGGAGAAAUAUACUUGGGGCGAUACGAUACUUAUUCUGGCGUCGAGAUGGUUCACAUCUGGAACUUGCAGCGCUGUGCGCGCAUCACUCUCCACCAAGCACUCGUUGACUUGUUAUUAAUACACUUCGACAUGGGAUUUUCCCCGUCAACACCCUCACCAUCCAGGGACCUGCUCAGUACUUCGAACACUGUUAUACGGGAGAGCUCCAGUGACAUUUGUCACAGUGUCCCAUACAUCCUCCAUCUCUGUGAUAAGCCAGGUAAACCAGGUGAUGUGAGAGGUGCUUGUAUUAUACCUCUGUUAUGGCCCCUCUACAUUGCAGGAACAGCACAUACUGCCAACGAUACCUUGCGUGAUUGGGUCAUAGCCCAGAUGAAUAAUAUCGAAAAUGUCACCGGAAUUCAAAGAGCAAAGUUUGUGGCUUUGGAUAUACAACAGCGCUGUUUAUUUCCUGAUUGA